UCACACUUCCAAACAUGGAGGCAAUUUUCCACGAGAAACAGGAAGGCUCCUUGUGCGCGCAGCACUGCCUGAAUAACCUCCUGCAGGGCGAGUACUUCAGUCCGGUGGAGCUGUCGUCCAUCGCUCACCAGCUGGACGAAGAAGAGCGCAUGAGGAUGGCAGAAGGAGGUGUUCAGAGUGAGGAGUACAGGACCUUUCUGCAGCAACCGUCGGGGAACAUGGAUGACAGCGGCUUCUUCUCCAUUCAAGUGAUCAGUAACGCUCUGGGGGUUUGGGGUUUGGAGAUCGUUCUGUUCAACAGCCGAGAAUACCAGCAGUUACGAAUCGAUCCCAUAAACGAGAAGGCGUUUAUAUGUAACUAUAAGGAGCAUUGGUUUACAGUGCGUAAGCUGGGCCAGCAGUGGUUUAAUCUGAACUCGCUGUUAACCGGACCAGAGCUCAUAUCAGACACGUAUCUGGCACUGUUCUUAGCACAACUACAGCAGGAAGGAUAUUCUAUAUUUGUGAUUUGUGGGAAUCUGCCGGACUGUGAAGCGGAUCAGACUUUGCGGAUCAUGCGAGUGGAGCAGCAGCAGAGGCCGAAACUCAUCGGAGAAGAUGAAGCUCAGAGGGUGUCCAUGCAGCAGGUAUUAGACACCACAGACACUACAGAUGAAGGCGUGCUGGACGAGGAUGAGGAGGAGUUGAGGAAGGCUCUGGCUCUCAGUAGACAGCAUAUGGAGGUGGAAGAUGAAGAAGCAGAUCUGCGCAGAGCCAUUCAACUCAGCAUGCAGGGCAGUGUUAGUCCCAGAAGCCAAAUUGAGACAGCUGGCUCAUCACAUGACACGUCAAGCAGCGAGACACUGACUGCAGAAGAGCUGCGGCGGAGGAGACAGGUGUACUUUGACAGGCAACAGCUCCCUCAUUCUGCUGCUCAUGACAGUCACAGUGCUGGUGGAUUGAAGGACAGCGGGACCAAACCUGACCAGUGAUGAUUUCACGUGACUGAACCUGUUCAAACUUUCUCUUGAGUCUCAAUGAACUCCUGGACUUAAGUUGACCUCACGUGACCUCAGUCAGUGGGUGAGCGUUACAUUCCAAACACGUCUCGUUUGGCCUUCAGUGUGUUUCACCAGUAAUCUUUCAUCCCCUCGUGACGUGCAGAGUGACCACAGCUGCACACAGACAGGAAGUGGCUCACAUAAGGAGGAAGUUCUAUAACUGACGUCACUCAGUUUGGGACCAUUGAGUUUUUUUUAUUCUUCUCUGUGGUCUGUAGUGAAUUCCUCGUCUUUACCAGCGUUACGUGCGACUGCAUCAGGAUCUGAAGUUAUUUCUAAUCCGCUUCACUCUCUGUCUGACUGACCACAUUUAACGGACUACAGAGAGAACACAUGACUGCGCUCCUACAGGAUGUGUACAGCUGAAUCUGACGACAGGAUUCCUUUGCGUCAUCGUGUGUCUGUUGUUCAUUGAGAUCAGCAUGAAAAUAAGGGCUCACAGAUUGUGUACAUGCGAGAUGACAUCACACAUAAUAAUGCGCUUAAGUAUAGUAAAUAAAAGUGAUAAUCUAAAAGAAUGACUUUGUAUAAUCACGUUCCCAAUUUCCACAUUGGGAAAUUCAAUCUUUUUUUGUGUCAUUCACUCGUUCACUGUGCUAGACCGCAGUGCAGCUGUGUUGUGAUCUUUCAUGAUUUUCAUUGAUUUGAGGCAUUUUCUGGCGGAUCAGCAGCAGCUUUUUAAACUCAUUUGAUUCAAGUGAUUUAUUAUUCACUUCCAUUCACAGUUGUUGAUAUUUUCUGUUCUUUAAUAAAUCUGUUUAUCUCUCCCUCGAGUGGAUGUUCAUUCUUUUUCCUGGAAUUAUUUGGAGACUGUCAGACAGUUUUCCCACCAGAUAAUAUAAGUGAUAUUUGACAGCUCAUUGUUCCUUCUGUUCAUGUUCAUGUUCCAUCUGAUUCUGCUUGUGCAUAAUUAUUUUUGUGAAUUUGAGCCAAAUUCUCUUAAUUCACUUCAAUAUUGAAUUAAGCAAUUAAACCCACUAUGUCUGCAUUUGACAUUAUUCCAACAGGAACAUUCAGGGAUUUGACGUCGUCAGGCCUAGUAUUUUAGCAAUAAUAAAUAAUUGUCUUCCGGAAUACCUUAAACAUGCAUCUGCCAAACCCCUCGACGUGAAAUCUCGACGUGACAGUCUAGUCCAAUUUUAAACCUUUUUCCAAUUUACCAUUUAUUUCCAGUUUUAGAGAAAGCAGAUUUUGUUCAUCUGCAAAGUUUUAGAGUCAAAUAGUGCAUUUGAAACAUUCCAGUCAGGGUUUAGGAAACAUCACAGUUUGCUCUUUUAAGAGUUUUAAAUGAUUUGGGGGACUUCGAUACAGUAGACCACAAUAUUCGUAUUUAUUAUUUUAGAGGAAUUAUUUACAAUAUUCCUGUAAAUCUAUUUUGACCUGUGGGGUCACUCAAGGCUCCAUUCUUGGCCCCAUUUUGUUUUCAUUAUGCAUGCUUCCAGCUUGUAACAAACAUUGGGUCAUUUCAUUGCUAUGCAGACAACAACUCAGAUUUAUUUGAGCUUGAAGCAAAAUGGCAGUAAUGGUUUAAGGUCUUUAGCUGCUUGUCUAUCGGAUAUUAAAGCAUGGAUGUCCUUAAGUUUAUUAAAUCUUAAUGAAACUAAAAUGGAGGCUAUUGUGUUCGGGCCCUCAAGUAUCUCGUAAAAUCACGUUUUGGGUGGUUUGGCUUCUUAUAUUAAUCCCUCAGUUCAAAUCUUAGAGUCGUAUUUGCGUUGAAAUUUGCCAAACUGUAGUGGUCAAAUCUAGAUUUUUUUCUAGAGUUUUAGAGAGUUAUACAUGCUUUUAUUUCAUCUCGAUGAAACUACUUCAAUUUACUUUAUAUAGGAAUAGGCCAGAUGCUAUGCUUUUGACUAGUACUCGCAAAUACAAACACAUUACCCAUGUCUUACUCUCUUUGCAUAGGUUGCCAGUCCAUUUAUAGAAUCAACUAAAAAAAACUUUAAAUGGACAGGCACCUUCUUACCUUUCUGACCUUCUGAAUGUAAAUACACCUGUUAGACGUCUAAAGUCCAGACUGAAUUAGAGGGGUGACCGGGCUUUUGCCAUAGCCGGUCCUAAACUGUGGAACAGUCUUCCAGUAUCAAUUAGAACAAUUUCAACAGAAUCAAUAUUUAAAGUAAGGCUAGAAACCUAUCUUUUUGAGCAGGCGUAUAAUAAACCCAGAGUCUUAAGUUUUAAAACGUGCUUGUGUUAUGUCCUACUUUAGUUGUACAG